GGCACACACAGCAAAACACAGACGGUCCCGGCGGGCACGCCGCUCAGUCCGCGUCCCCACCCCCUCACAGGUGGCGCGGCGCCCGGCGAUGGCCGCGGGGGUCCGGCUGCAGCUCCCGACGGCGGGGCCGGACCUCCUCCGCGCCUCGCACUUCACUCUGGGGCCAGACGCGCGGCUGCACAUGAGCGCCGCGCUCUCCACGGCGCACCGGGACUUCCCGCCCUACCCCGACGGGGCCCCCGCGCCGCCCAGCGCGCCGCCGUCCCGAGCGACCCUCUUCCAGCAGGACGCGCGCUGGGCCCGCGAGGAGCGCGUGUCCGAGGCGCACGCCGCGUUCGCGCCGCAGCCCACGCAGUCCCGGGAGCUGGAGCGGGCGCGCCGGCUCGCCAUGCAGGCCAGCCACCUGCACCUGCACGCGGACCCGCGCCGGGGCGCCGGCCUCUCCACCACGCGCGCCGACUUCCGGUGGCCGCAGCUCCCGGAGCGCGGCAGCCAGCAGAGCCGCGGCGCGCGCCUCAUCUUCCACCGCGACUCGGUGCCGCUCGGCCACGGAGCCAAGCUGCCCUUCCCGCCGACCACCCAGCAGGCGCUCUUCCUGCCCCACGACGCGCGCCCGCAGCCCCGCGCGUCCAGCCGCCACCUCGGGGGCCCCUCCCCCCUCAAGUGGGAUCACAGGAGAUGGGACCACGAGAGAUGGGAUGACAGGACCUCCUACCAGAGGCAGUUCCAGGCCCUGAUGGGCCCCCCUGCCUUGAUGUGUAAGAGGGACUCCUCCAGUGUCACCCUGGGAGACUUCAAGAUUGGCUACGGGCCCAUGUAUUCCGAGCAGAAACAAGCCUACAGGCCCAGGAAUCUGCCCCCAGACAGGUAUGACAAGGCCCAGGCCUCAGCCUGCAUCCACUAUUCGAGUGCUAGUCCUGGAGACGGCCUCUUCCAUGACAGGACCACCAGUGCUGAGCACUUCUAUGCCCGGCAGCCAGAGCCUUUUGUUCAUCACAGUGACCAGACUCCGGAGUCCCACAUCCUGGAAGGAAAUCGGUGCCCUGGUCCAGGCAGCCUCACCACCUCCAUGAACUUCUUCUAUGGCCAGCCGCCACCGGUGACCAACCCAAACAGCCGCCACAUACCUCAUGAGAAAUUGCAGGAUCACGUGAUCCUAGGGGAGUCGAAGCUGCGGGGGCAGUUCUUCCAGACCACCAUGGGCACGGACUAUCCCUCCACCAGCACGGAGCGGCCAGAGAAAGCGCCCAACCUGCACUUGGUGCCCAGCAACAUGCAGGAGGGCUUGGGCGCACCAGAUUUAUUGACCAUGAACCAGAAGAUGCUGAAACCACACAGAACAGCUCCAGCCUCCAUGACCCAGGAGAUGCUACAGCAGUGCAAGCAUAGCCACAUGGAGCCCCCGCUGGGCAGUCAGCGCUUCUUCUCAACCCAAUACAAGGACCAGUUUGCCUUCAAGUACCAGGGUCCGACAGCGCUGAGAUUUGGCAACUUCCAGGAAAGCCACUUGCCACUGGGCUCCUCUGACCAGUGCUGCUGGAGUGGGACGGUAGACCCUCAGGCCCCCCAGGUCCCUACCUACCCGUGCCCUAGCCAGCAAUAA